UUUCGCCGUUAUAAGAGCAGCUUCUCCUACACACCUCAAUAGUCACUCCCAACUCCAACUGCUCUUUUCUUCUUCUCCGAACCAAAACCCAAACAAACCCUAUUCUCCCUCAAUUUGAACCAAGUCAAUUUUGUUGAUUCCCACGGAUUCCUAUCUUCCUCUCAUUUUUUAGCAGAUGAAAUAUAAAAACCUCUUUCUUUAACUGCUUUUAUUUGUGGGUAUUCUUUACAAGUACACUUGAAGGAGUCAAUUUUGUUAUAUGGUUCUAUGAGGAGACAAGGUAUUGACCUGGUUUCUUUUACGUUUUCUGCACUUUUUAAGGCCUGUAGUGAGAUUCUCGAUGUGAAUUUGGGUAGGUAGUUGCAUACUAGACGAUUUUGGUUGGCGGUUUUGUGUUUGAUCUAUAUGUCGAUAAUACCUUGAUUGAUAGGUAUGUAAAAUGCGGGUUUUUAGAUUGUGGGCGUAAGGUGUUUGAUGAAAUGCCUGAAGAAGACGUGAUUUCUUUGACUCUGUUGAUUGUUGCAUAUACCAAGUGUGGGGAUAUGAAAUCUGCUAGUGUUUGAUGGGUUGCCUUUAAAGGAUAUGAUGGCCUGGACUGCGAGGGUCACUGGUUACACAUAGAAUGCUAGGCCUAGAGAAGCAAUAGGAUAUUUUGAGAGAAUGCAAAAUUUAGGUGUUGAAACAGAUGAAACUACUUUGGUUGGUGUUACUUCAGCAUGUGCUCAACUGGGUGCAAUCAAGUAUGCUAAUUGGAUUUGUGAUAUAGCGUUGAUUGAUGAUAGGUGUUUCUUGCAAUGGCUUGUUAAGAUCCCAUCAGAGCAGAAGCAGUUGAGGGCACGUCAGAUCAGUGCUCAACAAAUUAACAAGGUAGAAGAACUUUGGAAGACAAAUCCUGAUUCUACCCUUGAAGAUCUUGAGAAGCCUGGUGUGAAUGAUGAACCUCAACCUGUGGCCUUGAAGUAUGAAGAUGCAUAUCAGUAUCAAAAUGUAUUUGCACCACUUAUCAAGCUUGAAGCUGACUAUGAUAAAGUAUGCAUCAUGAUUUAUGGCGAUUAGAAAGUAAAGAAAAGUUUGAAUAUUUGUACUAAAGGCUAUUUUGGGUAAAGAAAAAAGAGGUUUUCUGGAAAUUUAAAAUCAAAUUCCUGUAAGAUUAAAUUAAAAAUGGUGAGAAUCCCUUUUAUAAAAUUUUAAUAACGAAUUAACACUAUCUUGUCGAACAAAGAAAGAGUGCAUUAUAGUUUUAGACAAUUCAGCCUCCUGAAAUGGCAUUAUUAUUAAGUUUCCAAAUAUUAAUGUUUGUUUGCUGCUAGUCUAGAUCAAGUUAUCUUGACCAGUAUGUUGAAGGAAAAAAAGAAGGAUAUUCCAGAUAAAUGUGCAAACGAGUUGGAAUCAUGAAAGCAAUAAACAUUUCCCUGGAUAGACACUGUUAGGGUAAUAUUGGAAUGAACUUUCACAUGUUUCACUUGUGUUACUGAAGUCUCAUUAUUAUGCAAGUACUGACCAGGAAGUCAUCUGAGGCAAGAAGCUUGAAUUCAAAUGAGACCAAUUUUGGUAAUUUGGUCAGCAGUGCACAGCAUCUUAGUUGGUCAAUAAAGAUACUCUGUAAGACUUAAACCUUCUUUCUCCUUUUAGUAUUCUUUCCAAGGUUGUAAUUGGAGGCAUUGGAGGUUGUACACCAUUACUUUGAUGAUAUACUUGCUAAAAGAAUGUUAUGUGAAAAAUAUCUCCAUGUUUAUGAUCUUUCUUCUUGCUUAUUUGCUUAGCCAACUUUAAUUUAUGUCUUCAUUAGCUCAUUUUAUGAUGUGGGUCCAGUGGAUUUUUACUAGUCUGUUGCUGGAUGAAGGCUGGGUGUUCUCCAGUGUUUAUAAUUGCUUUUGUGUACACCAUUUUUUUUUUUUUUUUUUUGGUGAUAGGUUUGUGUAUUUUGGAUUUUGGAUUUUGCACUUUGGUUGGUGAAAUUGUGUCCGGGCGGCAGAGAUUCCCCAUCGUUCUCGUAAGUCUCCACCUUGCAGGGAAAGGGCAGGGACGGGGAUAGAAAAUGGGAUCUUCGGCCCCGUUCCACACUCAUCCCUAUGAUAACAGUAAUACAGAUAAGAUCACUUUAUAGAAAGUGCUUCUAUAUAUAUAUAGGGGAUGAUAUCCGUUCAAGGAGUAAAAGCAAUGGUAUGCAACUUUUUGAUUUAUUGGUUAAUCAUUUGCAAUCAUGCACGACUGAUAUUUUUUAGUAUUACUGUCAUGAUAUUGACACUUUGAUGUAUAUUUUCCCUACCCAUGGCCAUGUUUUUACUUAAGAUAAUUAUUUACGUUCUUGUUACAUCUGAACAACAACACUCUUGAAUCUUGAGUAAUCUAACUCUUACCAAUUGGAACUCUCAAGAUUGAUAAUUUACAGGAUUUAGGAUUCUUAAAAAGCAUAGGGACCCUAAUCUACUUUUAUCUUGCUCCAAAUAUAAAAUUAGGCCCGCAAGUUUAGGAAUUUUAAUGCUAUUGAAGACUAAAGAGCGAACAGUUAGGAAAAUUGUGUAUGCCUUUCAAAUAUUGCCUUUUGCUACAAUUUUAUCAUGAUUCAAGAUGUACAUUGGUUAUGAGGACUUAAAUUAUUUGCGAAAAUUGUUGUGUGAUCUGACAUUAUAUUCGAUGGGGAUGCUAUUCAAUAGUACCAGUGUUUGGCAGUUUAUCAGUUUUGGAACAUGCAUUGUGCAGGGCAACGAUGGUCAUUUAAUGUCGUUUUCAUCUCAUUUUAAUUGUACGCUAAUGCUGUACUAACAAAAUAAUUUUGUAUUCCAAGUGGUGUGACAACUAAUUUGGUUUUACCACAUAAAUGAAGGGACAAUGUGUUAAAAUAUAUAACUAUGGUCCAACGAUGUAAGGGGUUCAACCCUCCCUGGGGUUACUGCUUGUAGUGACAGAGAGCCAUUAGGUGUCUAGAGGGUAAAAUUCCCUUAAACCCAAAAUUAAUUUUGGAUUUAUAAAAUCCAAAUGCACGAUUUUGGGUUUUUAUUUAAUCUUUGUACCCUCCGAGCAAAAGUCAACUACUAAGUUUGCUUUUACCCUCUUUCAAAACAAAAGAUGCAAAAUUUUGGACAUAGUCAAGUGGAAACAACUUCUGUGGUUGCUGGAUGUUGUUUGUGGCUAGAAAGGAAACAUUAUGAUGAACAGAGAGAUUUUCAUUCACUGUCUCUACCAUGGCAUCUCGAAAUUUGGUAACUAGGCCUGAUUUCUCAAAUUUGAUACUUCAGGAGUCAAUAUCAGUCUUGUCUCCUAUAACAUUUUAGCACAGGUAUGAUAAACUUGUCAUCAGCUGUCAAUUGUUAGUAAUUUAAGUGAUGUAUUGUGAUUUUUUAACCUAUCAAGUUUCUUUCAUCUUAUUUAUUAUCUAAUGGGGUACUUAUAGGAAGUUGUUGCUUUUGUCUGGUGCCAAUAUCACUUUGGUUGAAGAGCAUAAAGAUGUAAAGCAUUCUAUUUUUAAAACCAUGGCCUACCACGACUUCAUGAUACCUAUAUCUACUUUGUCGUAAUAGCAGUUGAAACAUUGGUGGGGAAAAAAAUGUAACACUUUGAAGGCCAAAAACUAUGUAAAUUCUUUUUGGGUUGCAUCAUUGCAACCUUGAAAUAUAGGGAUUUGUGUAUUCUGUUGGAUUGGAGCUCAUCUGAGUUUUCUAUUAAGGUUGACUUGUAUAUAAGCUUAAACCUAUGAUGGAAUUCAAUGGAUGUAAUUUUGAGAUAUUAAAAUUUUUUGGUGCUUGGUUAUAGUAGUUUUUGAAUUAACAUGUCAAUUUUCUGCAGCAGCUAUUACUUUAAUUCUAACAUGCCGGACAUUGUUUUAUUGUACAGGUUUAUGUGAAGAGCUCUCUCUUUCCACACUCUCCAGCUGCUUGCCUCAUGGAAAUCUUCACACUUUUGUUCCAUCCCUUUUGUUCCGUGCUUCUUGACUGCACCUUUUAGCUCUAGGACAAAAGAUAAAGUUGUCAUUACUUGUAAUUGAAAUCAUUAAUCAUGCAUUUGUAAUAAGCUUUAUUCUGACAA